UUGAUAAAGGUGCAUCUAGCAGUCUUGAGUGAUACAUAAAAGGUUAAGUGAAAAUCAGUAGAUUCCUAUUAACAUCCUUCAGGAUUUUCUAAAGGAUGUUGGGCCUGAAUUCUACCUGUCCAGCAGCCCUAUAUAGCCAUAGAGGGCUGCAUCUGAUCAUGGUGUCAAACCCUUCAGGAUUGGGAUUCAUCCUUCGAACAUUUCUGAUACCAAAGGGAAAUGAUCUCACAUGAAUCACAGGUUCAGCUUGUAACAUAUAUAACCUACCAUGGUAGACAUCCUAGACUGAUUAUCUCUCAAACUUGUAGCCAUUGCAAUUACUUCAACCCAGGUUUCUCCAAGGCCAAAAUAUUCAUUUUUCUUAUCAUUCUUUGCCAUCAUAAAGUACAAGGUCGCACUUUUAUCAUUGUUUCCUACGACACUCGCCCAAGUACCCUAUAUUUCUGCAGCCCUGGCGAAUGGCACAAACCAAACAACCCUCAGUCAAUGCCCGAACCAAAAUGCGACAAUCUAAGGAUGAAAUACCAUUGCUGUACCAUGUCCGUUAAUCGGGGUGAAAAUCCUGACUGUAGGACUUUUCCUGAUUCGAAAGGGACUGACUGUAUCUUUGCUGAUCGAGCUGGUUACUCAUCAUAUCCUAUUAAUGAUUAUCUCCCCUAUGGUCAUCUUGAAUUCAGUCCUUCCCAAAAGACUCCUUCAGCGUUUGUUGACAAAUGGGCCGGCUAUUCUGAAGUGGGUUACUUAGACGACUUGUUGAUAAGUCCGUCGGUCGGGGUUGCCGAAACUUCUUCGAGCCAGUCCAGCAAGACGCACAGGACUGCAUCCUGCGGACCGCCAACUCCGGAGUACUCAGGGUGUCUAAUCAUACAACAAGGUCUGUGUCACCUGCGCACCGCCUCAUGUACAUCAUCGUACUCACAGUGCCUGAGUCCGUCCUGAGGUACACUCCUGGUAAGGCAGGUUGCGGAGGCUAGCGGAGUCAAGCGGACCAACAAACUAGAAUUAGCAAACACCGAAAUCUUGUCAUGUGGCUCAUGACCAGGAAAGCCACAACCCACAGCGGAGCCAUUCCGUCAGUACGGUGUCUGCACAGCCACUUUGUCCCUAAGGCCCACAUCCAAGCCACUCUUCGGUUUGCUG